CAUCUUCAGCGAAGCCUAAGCUAUAAAACGCCGUCGGGUUAGUCCGGCGGAGGAACGAUGUCCUCGUCUCUUCUUCUCUCCGGUUCUACUGUAUCUUCUCCGUUUAUCGCUCCAUCGAAGCUUUCUCUCGUACGAAAUUCCAAUAAGUCACCACUUUUACCAUUUCGGAAUGUUUCGAGAAACUUCAAAAUCGUUAGGUGCACCCUUGAUUCUUCAUAUGGAGGCAAUGCCCCCACAUUCCCUCGGACCAGAGUUUGGGAUCCGUACAAGCGUCUAGGAAUUAGUCCAUAUGCUUCCGAGGAAGAAAUCUGGGCUUCCCGUAACUUUCUCUUACAGCAGUACGCUGGACAUGAGAGAAGCGAAGAAUCAAUAGAAGGCGCUUUCGAGAAGCUUCUAAUGUCUAGUUUUAUCAGAAGGAAGAAGACUAAAAUCAAUCUUAAAACAAGGUUGAAGAAGAAAGUUGACGAAUCUCCUCCUUGGCUCAAGGCUCUUCUUGAUUUUGUUGAAAUGCCACCAGUGGACACUAUAUUCAGAAGACUUUUCCUCUUUGCCUUCAUGGGUGGUUGGAGUAUCAUGAACUCAGCAGAAGGCGGUCCUGCGUUUCAGGUGGCGGUAUCAUUGGCUGCGUGCAUAUAUUUCCUGAAUGAGAAGACAAAGAGCUUGGGGAGAGCUUGUCUAAUUGGAAUUGGAGCAUUAGUGGCUGGGUGGUUCUGCGGUUCACUAAUCAUUCCCAUGAUUCCGACGGUACUCCUUAACCCGACAUGGACGCUCGAGCUCCUAACAUCACUGGUCGCUUAUGGGUUUUUGUUCCUAUCUUGUACUUUCCUCAAGUAAGUUGAGGUUUUAUCGAGACAGUUUUUGUUCUUUUGCCCACAACAAUUACAGAACGUUGCUUCGGAAAUAUUAGUGUAAGUUUUUAACUGUUUGAUUUGUUUCUCAUUUUCUCAAA